AUGGUGCUGUGUUGCCCGAGGGAGGACUCUCCCUAGAAGAGAACAGUCCCCUGGGACCAUGAGGCUUGCAUCGCAGUAGGAGCUGGGCGGUGACCCGGCAGGGACAACCCUGCAGAAUGCGGUGGCUACGCGUAGGGCUCUGACACCAUGAAGGGCUAUCAUGGGGAGCGUAGCCAGUCACAGCACUCCACGGGGCAUCCUUACCACUGCAUCCCAGAGGACUGCGAGCAGCCCAUGGACUUCAUCCGCCACGGCCAGGAAGGCAGGCCGUCAUAUCUCCUCAGCCCCAGCGAGCCUUGUUCCUUGGACCAGCAUUACUGCCCCUCUCGGAGCCCCGAGUGCCCGGGCGGGCCGAUGAGCCUAACCGAACCGCUGUCAGCCAGCAGCAGCAGCACCUUCCCUAGGAUGCACCACACGCCGCAGCAGUACGACUCGUGUGAUGAGUGCAUGGCUGCGACCCACCCCUCCAGCAAGAUCAACCGCCUCCCCCCGACCCUGCUGGACCAGUUCGAGAAGCAGCUGCCACUGCACCACGACGGCUUCCACACCCUGCAGUACCAGCGGGCCAGCACCACGGAGCAGCGGAGCGAGAGCCCCAGCCGCAUCCGCCACCUGGUCCACUCCGUCCAGAAGCUCUUUGCCAAGUCCCACUCGCUGGAGGCCCCGGCCAAGCGGGAGUACAACGGCACCAAGAUGGAGGGCCGAGGGGACGGCUACCACCAUCACCACCAUCACCAGUCCCGCCACGGCAAGCGGAGCAAGAGCAAGGACCGCAAGCUGGACUCUCGCCACCGCACCAAGAUGAUGGGCUGGUGGAGCUCCGACGACAACCUGGACAGCGACAGCAGCUACAUGGUGUCAGGCCGGCACGCCGUGGACCAGGGCACCCAGUACUGUGUGGACGCGCCCGAAAGUGCCUUCAGAGACUUGACCUUGAAGAGUCUCAAGAGCGGGGGGGAGGGCAAGUGCCUGGCCUGUGCCGGGAUGUCCAUGUCGCUGGACGGCCAGACGCUGAAGAGGAGCGCCUGGCACACCAUGACGGUCAGCCAGGCCCGGGAGGCGUACCCCAGCUCAGGAGGCAGCCAGGAGAAAACCUUGAUGCUGCAGGAGGCCAAGGCCAAAGACAGAGCCUAUCAGUACCUCCAGGUGCCGCAGAAUGAGUGGGGUGGGUACCCGACGCCGGGGAAGGACGGCGAGAUCCCCUGCCGGCGCAUGCGCAGCGGCAGCUACAUUAAGGCCAUGGGGGACGACGACAGCGGUGACUCGGAUGCCAGUGCCAAGGUGUCUCCCAAGGCAGCGUCCCGGCGGGAUAGUUACCGCCGUUCCUCCAGCGCCGACCAGGCCAGGACCAAGUUUGCAAGUAGGCACUAUUCUGAUUCAUAUAUCUGUAACUGUCCCAGCUGCUGCACGCCGCCCAGAGUGCACCCUCGGGGGCAGGGCUACGGACGCUCCUUCACCACCGGCCAGAUCAACGACGAGCUGAACCACCAGUUCGAGGCCGUCUGUGAGUCUGUCUUUGGCGAGGUGGAGUCGCAGGCUGUGGAGGCUCUGGACCUGCCCGGCUGUUUCCGCAUGCGGAGCCACAGCUACCUGCGGGCCAUCCAGGCCGGCUGCUCCCAGGAUGAUGACUGCCUUUCGCUCUUCUCCAUGUCGGCCCCCGCCGGGCCUGCCAUCACCAGCAGCAUCCUGAAGCCCAGCACCUCCUUCAGUUACAGAAAAGCUCCACCUCCCAUCCCUCCAGGAAACAAAGCCACACCUAUCAUCUCCGUCACGGCACAGAGCAGCACCGAGUCCACCCAUGAGACCUACCUGCCCACCGAGGUCGCCCGGAGCCCCUCGUGGUCCAAAGAGGCUGCGGCUCGCUGCAAUUCCAUGGAGAGCUUGGAGAGCUCCAAGGUGACGGCCAUCUCCUUAGACCUGCCUCCCGUCCAGCCCAGGGCUUCCCCCAAGCCCUCCACACUCAUUAUCAAGGCCAUCCCUGGCCGGGAAGAACUAAGGAGCUUGGCACGGCAGCGGAAAUGGCGCCCAUCCAUUGGGGUUCAGGUGGAGACCAUAUCUGACUCUGACACAGAAAGCCGGAGCCAAAGGGAAUUCCACUCCAUUGGAGUGCAGGUGGAAGAAGACAAAAGGCGGGCCCGGUUCAAGCGCUCCAACAGCGUGACAGCCGGUGUGCAGGCAGACCUGGAGCUAGAGGGCUUUGCCGGCCUUGCCGUGGCCACGGAGGACAAAGCAUUGCAGUUCGGACGGCCUUUCCAGCGGCACUCGUCGGAGCCUGAGUCCACCCGACAGUACGCGGUGUACAAGACAGUGCACACUCAGGGCCAGUGGGCCUACCGCGAGGACUACCAGAUGCAGUACGACACUGUGGAGGUGCCCCGGCGGGACUCCUGGAUCGACAGGGGCUCCCGCAGCCUCCCCGACUCCGGCAGAGCUUCCCCCUGCCACCGGGACGGAGAGUGGUUCAUUAAGCUGCUGCAGGCGGAGGUGGAGAAGAUGGAGGGCUGGUGCCAGCAGAUGGAGCGGGAAGCUGAGGACUACGACCUACCAGAGGAGAUUCUGGAGAAGAUCCGGAGUGCGGUGGGCAGUGCCCAGCUCCUGAUGUCCCAGAAGGUGCAGCAGUUCUACCGACUUUGCCAGCAGAACAUGGACCCUAACGCGUUCCCUGUGCCCACCUUCCAAGACCUGGCUGGAUUCUGGGACCUCCUGCAGCUCUCCAUUGAGGACGUCAGCAUGAAGUUUGCAGAACUUCUGCAGCUCAAGGCCAACGGGUGGAAGAUCAUUGAGCCCAAGGAGGAGAAGAAGGUCCCUCCCCCCAUACCAAAGAAGCCCCCGCGCUCCAAGGUGCACCCGGUGAAGGAGCGCUCCCUGGACUCCGUGGAUCGGCAGAGGCAGGAAGCCAGGAAGAGGCUCCUGGCAGCCAAACGAGCCGCCUCCUUCCGCCAGAACUCGGCCACGGAGAGCGCAGACAGUAUCGAGAUCUACAUCCCAGAGGCCCAGACCAGGCUGUGAAGGGAGCCCUGGCUUUUCUACCUGGACUGUACAGAGAGAGUCCAUAGCUCACUGUGAUCGCCAGGGCCCGGGCCGUGGGGAGUCCCCCCGCCCCCCUCGGGGCAGCUCCCGGCCCACUCACAGCUUCUCUAGUCUCUGUCUUAUACAAUUCAUGGAUCCGACGGCGAAUGAACACACCCCUGGUUCUGUCCCGUUCCCUCCACCUGCCCGCAUGCCUCUCCCAGCCUCCCCGCACAGGGCAGGCCUUUCCUUCCUCCCUUGCCCCCUGAAACCUCCUCUGCCUUCCUUGUGGCCUCUUUGGAGCUCUUCCUCCUCUCACUUCCCUUCUGUCCUCUCUCCAGCCCGUUCCCUUCUGUCCAUCCUCUCUUGGGAGGCCCGUCGCCUCCUUUCAGAGCUUACCACCCCACUCCCCACCAGCCCCUUCCUCACAGCCCCUUCUUGUCCCACUUUUUCCAUUAAAGGAAAAGAAGGGCCCCCCCCCCCCGUACCC